AUGCGCUCAGUUCGACUCUGGUCUGCUCCGUCCUACCAAUCGAGGCGUGCUCUUCAUACCGUCAGCCAAGCUCAGCCUGCUGUCUUGGAUACAGUUCUGGGCGUCCGCGAGAGAGCAAGAGUAAGUGCAUUACGUAGCUCAUUUGAAAUACGUAGUUUACUGGGCCAUCCGAUAAAGAACAGGAUUGCUGCAGUAGACCUUGCAAAACCCGAGGUACCUGCACUUCAUGACUCAUUUCAUCGACGACACGAUUACCUAAGGAUAUCUCUUACCGAACGGUGUAACUUGCGUUGCUUCUAUUGUAUGCCUAGUGAGGGAACAGAGCUUAGCCCCCCAGCAAGCAUUCUCUCCGACGAUGAAGUAGUUCGUUUAGCAUCACUCUUUGUUAAGAACGGAGUGAACAAGAUCCGGUUGACUGGGGGAGAACCCACAGUUCGGAAAGGCAUAAUUGAAUUAGUCGGCCGAUUGAAGGAGCUCCGUCAAUUCGGUUUGAAGUCAAUAGCAAUGACUACCAAUGGCAUUGCUUUGCAUAGGAAACUUCCUGCACUCGUGGACAAUGGACUCACUCAUCUUAACUUGAGCCUGGAUACUUUAGAUCCUUUCAAGUUCGAGCUUAUGACACGGAGAAUGGGACAUGAUGCCAUUCUACGGUCCUUGGAUCUGGCCCUGCAUACCCCUGGUCUACAUUCGGUCAAGCUAAAUGUGGUUGUUAUUCGUGGCUUGAAUGACAAUGAAGUUCCAAAAUUUAUUGAACUUACACAAAAGCACCCAUUAUCUGUUCGUUUUAUCGAGUUCAUGCCCUUUAAUGGUAAUAAAUGGGACAAGCAAAAAAUGGUCCCCUCUUCAGUCCUACUCGAGCGUAUAUCGGCUGUUCAUCCGGGUGUGUACAAACUCUCGGACGAAGUGAAUGACACCGCUCGGUCGUAUCAAGUGCCUGGUUACCGCGGUUCUUUCGGAUUCAUCAGCAGCAUGUCGGACCACUUUUGUGGCACUUGUAAUCGCCUUCGUCUGACUGCUGAUGGUCAGAUAAAGGUUUGCCUGUUUGAUAGUCGUGAAGUGUCGUUGAGGGACCUAAUGCGCAAUGGCGCGGCAGACGAUAAUCUGGUCGAGGUUGUUCGAGCUGCACUCGGUAUGAAGAAAGAGAAACACGCUGGGAUGGAGGAUAUAGACGUUGUCCAUAAUCGGCCCAUGAUUAAAAUCGGAGAUAAGAAAGGCAGACCUGCAAUGGUUGAUGUUUCAAAGAAAGAAAUUACGCACAGAUCGGCGACAGCACAAGGCAGGAUCUUCAUCCCAAAGGUAGCAUAUGAUCUCAUUUGCAAGGAAGACUCUGGAGUCGAUGGUGAUGAUUGCGAGCUGAAACGCCGUCGAGACAAAGCGAAAGCAAAGGGUGAUGUACUUACUGUUGCACAGCUGGCCGGAAUCAUGGGAAGCAAGAAGACAUCCGAUUUGAUCCCAUUGUGCCACCCUAUUCCCUUAAAUCACGUCUCGGUUGAACUGCUCUCAGAAAAUCAUCCUCCAUCUAAUGAUUUCACUGAGAUGAGUAGAAGAUACAGUGUUCUUUGUCAAGCAACUGCUAUCUGUGAUGGUAAAACCGGAGUUGAAAUGGAGGCUCUGACAGCAGUUUCCGUGAGCUUGCUUACUGUAUGGGACAUGCUGAAAGCAGUUGCGGGGAAGGAAAUGAUGAUUGAUGGCAUCUGUCUCAUAAAGAAGUCGGGUGGGAAGAAUAGUGAUUUUGUGAGAAAUUUGGAAGGAAAGGAAACACAUUAG